AUUACUUGAUCCACGCAAUAAAGCUGUUACUCUAUCAAGAUAUACACGUACAAUGAUAAGUAUGUGUACAUGUAUUUUAUAAUACGUAUUAUGAUGUAUGAUUGAUGAUUCAUAGGGAAAUUGUCACUAUGAAAAAAAUCGAUAUAGAAUGAUACAUAUGCAAUAACAAUUCUUACGUAUGUUUUUAUGCAUUUUAUAAUACUGCUUAUUCAUACAGAACUAUUAGCAAGAAAGAGAAAGAGAUUAUAUAGUGAUGAUAAAACUGACCCCCUUUACGUUUAUUAAUUGGAGGAAGUAAAUGCAAUUCAGAGAAUUUAUGUUAACUACGUUGUGAUAGAACGAUUAAAAUGUUCUUGAUCAUACGUUCGCCACUGGUCCAUAUUCGUAAACGUUUUUGAAAUUUUUCUUUUCUCUCUCUUUUUUAAUUAUGAAUUAAUUAAAAAUAUAUUGCAAAAAAUAAAUAUGUAUUUAUGAAAUAUGGAAAUAUCGUGUAUAAAUAAGUUAGAUUAAUUGGAUAUCGAAGUUACGAGUAAACUCUUUUAUAAAUAAAUUGGAUCGAACGAAAAUAUACAUUCCCGUGCAUUUUAACGACAGAUCGUUCAUUAAAACUAUGAUUGGAGCGCGUGCGUCGUUCGUUCGGUAGCUCCAAUACUUUUCUUUGUACUUCAAAAUCGGAGAAAGAAAUAGAAAGAAGCGACGCUAUUGGUCUUCGUACUUUUCACUGAUUGGCUGACAACGAUAAAAGAUAUAAGACAUUCGCCAUACUACCAACACAUUUAGCUAAAUUUAAAUGUCAACUUUCUUGUGUUUGUACGUAUUAUACAUAGAAAAUUGUAUAAAUAUCAUGAAUAUUAUUUUAUAUCUUACUCGCCUGCACCUUCUUUUCCUUUUGUUUCUCGAUUUAUUCGAUUUAUAUCGAAUACUUUGAAAAUCAUACAUCUUCAUGAAUAUUUGACGAACUCGAUCGAUCGAACGUUAAAUCUUUUCAAUAAUAGAGGUCAGGAGUCUUCUCGAACUCGUCUGUCUCUCUUUCUCGCUCUUUCUCUCUUUAUUUGUAUGUGUGUGUGUGAAAUCAAUUCGAAAUAUUCGUCGAUGGAAAGUUUUAGGUUAACGACGAGUUAAAGUUGGCAGCAAUGUUAGCUAGCCGGUUCGACACUAGAGCCACCUGGGGACGGCUAGGGGUAAUCGAGGCUUCUUUCUUACCCCCACCAUACUCGGCAGCUGCGUCAGGCGUGGUCGUCCGGCAGUCGCAGUGAGAUCCUAGUCGGACGUAGGACUCUCGUACCGGUGUUCUCUUAGGGCGGAGUUUCUUUUCUUUCCUCGUGUAUCGUAUUUGAGUACAACUUACGUGCGUGGAUAAAGAACACACUACGUAUAUACGUAUAUGUAUACAUAUAAUUACACGUAGAUAAAUCUUAAAAUUUUUGAUACAUAUAUAUAUUUUUUUUCCUUUUCUAUACAUAUUAAAAAAAAAAAAAAAAAAAAAAAAAAAAAGAAAGAAAAAAUAAGAAUCCUCGAACAAAUCGAAGUGCGAAAGAAAGAAUAUUAUAGAAUCUCCGAAUAGAAAUACAUUUCGAUUAACUAACGAUCGUCCUUGAUAAUAGAAACACAAAACGCAACAUUGAUGACGAACGAUGAGCGAAAAAGUGAGAGUGAUGAUCUUAACCACGUUCGGCCGGCAACUCGGCUAUUGUGUGAAUCAACAACGGCGACAAUACGAUCGUUCGUGAAGCUUAGCUUAGCAAAGCUUUUUGAAGAGAAGGCGUAGGAGAAAAAAAGAGAGAGAUAGAGAUUGUGAGAGAAAGAAAGAAAGAAAGAGAGAGAGAGAGAGAGAGAGGGUGGUGUAGAAACGACGCGCGGCAGGAACCCCCCCAUAAAGUCAGGCGUGCAUCUUCCUUCUUGAGAGAAUAAUCUUUCUUUAGGAAUUUUACUUGAUCUUGUGUCUUUUAGUCUCUUCCUUGACGAAAAAGACAAUAGACAUAUAACACACACAUACAUAUAUAUACAUAGGUAAAUACAUAAAAGUUAAGGGACAUCUUUGUUGGUGUGUUGGUGUUAGAGUUUCGACGCUCCUACUCUGUGUAUACGUAUAUAUAUAUAUAUAUAUAUAUUUUUUUUUUUCUCCAACCUUCGACGGUCGAUCGUCUUCUUGUCUCUUUUCUAUCUAUCUAUCUAUCUAUCUAUCUAUCUCUCUCUCUCUGUGGUUAAGAUAUAUAUAUAUAUAUACAUACAUAUAUAUAUAUAUAUACAUCGUACAUAUAUAUUUCUUCUCUCUCGCUCUCUAUCUCUUUCUCUUCUCACACACGACGAACUUGCGUCUCUGUGUGUGUGCGUACGCGCGCCCUUACGCAUCGGACCUCACAUCGUUAGCGGAAGAUCGUCGUGGGAGAAAGAAAAGAGGGGAAAGGAGAGGAGAGGAGAGGAGAGGAAGUGUACAAGUGGGGGAGGUGUUGUUCCCAGUGAAGUAGAAGAAAUAGAAGUAGAUAUAGAAGAGGAACGAACAAUAAGAAGAAGAAAAAGAUAAAUAUAAAGAUAAAAGAAAAGGAAGAUGUCUACGGAAAAUCAACAAAACGGUUCAGCAGGUCCGACGCAAAGCAACGGUCUUAAAUCUGCUACCAUCAACGUUACCGGUAACACCAGGACGAUACCGAACAACUCGUCUUUCCUCUAUAGCAGUAAUUCGAUGUUGAAUCGAGAUAAACCACGGCAAGUGCCGCCUCCGACUUUACCGAAAUAUACGUCGAGUUUCAACGCGGGAUCGAACGGCAGUGGCGCCGCCGAGAGAUUGAGCAGAGACAGAGAGGCUGGGGGUAGUUACAGGCUGGCAAGCCUCGAAAGACUCGCCCUCAGGCAGAGGAUACUCGAUGGAGAAAAGGCCAACGGCGAUGCCACAUCGAUACAGGCGAAGCGCGAGCUGUUCUUCAAAGGUGACAGCACGGGCAUAAUCUCAUCGCCUUCGGUGCCCUCAGUUCCACCACCUCAACCACCAGGCCAAGCUUCGGCAUCGUCGUUAACGACUACGAGUGGCAAUACAACGACUAGCAUCAGUACGACGACGAGUAACAACAGCAGUGGCACAACGAACCUUGUUAAUUCGACUAGUACGAACGUCAACAGUAGUAAUAACAAUAAUAACAACAACAACAGUACGUCGGUCCAAUCAACAGCUUCCAUAUCCUCCUCAUCCUCGUCUUCUUUGAGCACGACGGCAAGCGUUUACACUGGUGGUGUUAGCGCAAGUCAUGCGAGUCAUGGGACGAGCUCUAUACCACCAACAGCGAAGAUGCGUUUGCCUCUCUCAUCCUCCUCCUCCUCUUCGACCUCCACCUCCACAUCUUUGUCGUCCACGACGACCUCAGGCAACAAUCCCAACCUUACCUCGGCCUCGGCCCUGAUACUCAAUCAGAACAACGAUCCUUCCGAGGAUAGCAACAAAAGAGAAUCGGCAAGGAGCAACGAGUCCAAGGAUUCAUCAUCUAACGCCAUACAUCAUCGACCGCUUCAACCGUUAACAAAGUCGAAAGAACUCGAUGGUUACGUCGGCUUUGCCAAUUUACCUAACCAAGUCUAUAGGAAGGCCGUUAAAAAGGGAUUUGACUUUACCAUCAUGGUUGUUGGUCGAUCCGGAUUAGGAAAAUCAACUUUUAUAAACUCCAUGUUUUUGGCCGAUAUAUACAGCGCGGAAUAUCCAGGACCUAGUCUCAGGGUAAAGAAAACAGUAGCCGUGGAAACGACCAAGGUGUUGCUGAAAGAAAAUGGGGUAAAUCUUACACUGACAGUGGUCGAUACGCCUGGAUUUGGCGAUGCGAUCGACAAUAGUAAUUGCUGGGUUCCAGUUAUAGAAUACAUUGAGUCGAAAUACGAGGAGUUCCUGAAUGCCGAGUCUCGCGUAACGAGACGGCAAAUACCCGACAGUCGAGUACACUGUUGUCUUUAUUUCAUCGCGCCCUCGGGUCACGACCUGACGCCGCUCGAUGUAGAGUUCAUGCAGCGCCUUCACGACAAAGUCAAUAUAAUACCUGUUAUUGCGAAGGCCGAUACGAUGACUCCUGAUGAGCGUGCUUAUUUUAAAAAAAAAAUAUUAAAUGAAAUCGCACAACACAAAAUCAAAAUCUAUGAAUUCCCAGAAGAAGAAUACGAAGAAGAUAGUAAGUUCGAUAAAGUUUUAAGGGAUAGAGUUCCCUUCGCCGUUGUUGGGGCGAAUACUGUAGUCGAACACGAUGGAAAGAAAGUACGCGGAAGAAAUUAUCCAUGGGGUAUUGCUGAAGUUGAGAAUCUAGAUCAUUGCGACUUCAUAGCCUUGCGAGAUAUGAUCAUUCGAACGCAUCUGCAAGAUUUACAAGAUGUUACGAAUAAUAUACAUUAUGAGAACUUCCGGUGUCGGACUUUGGCUGGCCUUGGUGUAGAUGGAAAACCGACAAAAAUUUCUAAUAAUUUGUGCCCACCAGGAGUGAUGAACAGUUUCAUGACAGUGUGGAAUCCUUUGGCUCAAUUGGAGGAAGAGAAAAGGGAACACGAUAAUAAAAUGAAGAAGAUGGAAAUUGAAAUGGAACAAGUAUUUGAAAUGAAAGUUCGUGAAAAGAAACAGAAACUUAAAGAUUCAGAGGCCGAUUUACAGAGACGGCAUGAACAAAUGCGACGCUCUUUAGAACAACAAGUUCGUGAAUUAGAAGAGAAAAGACGUGCAUUCGAAGCAGAAAAAUUAGCGUGGGAACAACAAACCGGUCACAGUAUUGAAGAAUUACGUAGGCGCAGUUUAGAAGCCAACUCGAAAGACAGAUUUUUCCGAUUUUACAAAAGGGCUGUGGAUGGCAAGGACAAGAAAAACAAGAAGAAGGGCCUGUUCUAAUAACAUGAAAAAAAAAAAUAUCUGGAGAAGGCACAAUGAGGUGCUGCUUCUUUCCAAAUCGUACAAUGGUGUUCCUGUUUACACAGUGGCGAUGAGAUAACAUUUUCAUCCCAGCCAAUGAAUUUAUUUUAUUACAGAAAUUCACAAGGGAUUCAUGACGAACUCAAUCAAACAUCACACACAUCAUUUUCUCAUUAAUAUCCUCAUAUGAAACUUUAUAACAUUAGCGCAAAUUAUAUAUGGACCUUUAUUAAUCGCUUAUACAAAGUAUUGUAAAAGAAUGAUAUAUAUAUAUAUAUAUAUAUAUAUAUAUCCAUAAAUAUGGUUCAAAUUAAGAUCGAUUCGAAUCGAUCUUGGAUAGAGUCCUUUACAGGAGACUUAUACCGACAUUUUCAUAUUGAAUUCCAAAGAUUUCGAUUUCUUUAUUAUCUCUUUUUUUUUAUUUUCUUUUUUUUUCGUUUUAUUUUUUCUCCAAAACUUACAAUGAGAAUUCGAAGAAAGUACAUUUUGAAUUUUAAAUAUAACUUUUAUUUCAGAGACUGACGUGUUUAGAAAGAAUUAGAAAAGCGUUCAAUAUUGGUGCAGAGUGAUUUUAUAAAAGAUUCUUUUUUCUUCGACCAUGAAGAUUUUUCACAAGAAAGAAAUGAAAUUGUAUAAAAAUGUAUACAUAUAUUAUAAUAAUCACACCCAUAUUACAUAUAGAUAUGGAGUAAUUCACGAUAUCAAAAGGAAAAAAAAAAUCAACAACAAAAUAAUAUAAUUGCUUAAUCUCGUCAACUUAAUCGUACCGUGCAUGGUGCUUAAUCUCAAAUCGAGCCUCGAUUAUAUCGUACGUAUUUAUAAUAUCAAAUUAGACUGGAUAUACAUAUGCGUUUUAAGGUUAAGUAAAACGAUAUUCUUUUUUUUUUUUAGUUUUUACUUUAUUUUUUUCUUUCUGUAUGUAUCAACAUAUAUAUUUAGUUUCUAAGUAACGACAGUCAUUUUUUUUUUAAACAAACGUUAAUACGUAAUCGUUAUUCUUUCGUGCUAUUUCUGUCUAAAAAAUAAUAAACAUAUUUACAUAAUAAUAUAAUAGUAAAUAUUAAAAUAUUUACAUUAUAUUUAUAUUUAAUAUAUAUCAUUUUUUCUUUUUUUUUUUUUUUUUUUUAAUUAAAUUUUUGUUCGUAAAUAUGUUUAUAUUUAUUAUUUUCAGCACAUAUUAAUAACGAUGAAAUUCAAAUCGGUAUUGUGAAAAAAAUAACGUAAAAGGAAGAAAAAGAAAAAAAAAAAAGAAAAAAUUUUAAUUUGACUUUAAACGCGAGAACUAUCUGUCUAAACGAAAAAAAUUACUUUAGUGUGUUUUUGUGCUUCGAAAUUGAAAAAACAAAAUAAUAAUAAUAAUAAUAAUAAUAUAAUAAUAUAAUAAUAAUGAAGCUUGAGUGAGAAUACAAGACCAGUUAACCAUGAAAUUAAUGACUUCUUUAAUACCGCACAAUGUCUGAUAAAUGAAAGUUAAUAUUAAAAAGACGGGAGCAGCAUAAUUAAAGGAUAAAUAAAACAAAAAAUGACAUUCGAUACAAGAUUUUAUUACAUAUUAUUGUAUAUUCACGAUGUAAUCAUAACCUAUCACGUGCGUUUUCGUAAUAGCCAAUUAGCAUUUCUUUCGUAAACUGAAUGGCGGCCAUUAGAAAGAAAGAGAGAGAGAGAGAGAGAGAGAGAGAGAGAGUGUGCUAUAUAUGUUCGAUGAUCAAAUAAAAAAAAUUGUUUGUAUUUCGAAAGUAGGUAACUAGGCGUGAAUUUAUAAAAAAGAUGAUUUAAAAAAAACAACGAUAUAUAUAUACAUAUAUGUACACACAGAAAAACAUAUAUACAUACGCGUGCAAGAAAUAUAUAUAUGUGUAUAUGUAUAAAUACGCAAGAAAAAAUUCAUGCCUGAAUAUUGACGUCAUAGUAGAAGAUCAAUGAACUAAUUGUCUUAAAGAAAAGAUAAGAGAAUUUAUUAUCAUCAUAAAUUUAUAACAGUAUUGUCGACGUAUUCUUUUCCUGUGUCACGAUGAAAAUUAUCAAAAGUUGAACAGAUCUCUUUUGUCGAAUCAGAUGGAUAUUUCGAGAGAUUUAAGAGAGAAAGAAUUCAAAUAGAAAUUAAAAAUAAAUUAAAAUUAACAUUGAAAUUAAAUGGAAGCUCUCUCGAGCACGGGAUUACGAUUACGUUCAAAUUUCGCACAUUUACUCUUGUACAAAAAAAAAAAAAAUGAAUGAAUGAAUGAAUGAAUGAAUGAAUGAAAGAAGAUUUCUUUAAAUAAAUGUAUGUUUGUAUGUAUGUAUGUAUGUAUGUAUGUAUGUACAUACGUAUGUAUUUACUUACAUACGUAUCAACAAAAAAAGAAUCGCGCUUUUUACGUAAGCAGCAACAGCAACAGCAACAGCAGCAGCAGCAGCAGAAAAAACAGCAGCAGCAGCAGCAACAGCAUCGUUAGUUAGACUCUUUUCAUAGUACUCGAGUUCGUUUAUGUAUCGAAUAUGUUCCUCGAGUAUUAUUAUAUCGUUUAUUAAUAUCAUCGUUAAUCGAUCGUCGAUUGUAUUUAAAGGAAAAAAAAAAAAAAAAGAAAAACAAAGAAAAGAGAAGAAAAAAAAGAAAGUAAGAAAAGAAAAAGAAAAAGAAAAAAUAUUACGGAAUAACGCGUAUACUUUUUUCGUGUUGUCGUCUCUUAUUUUAUCUUACAUUUUUUUCUCUCUUUUUUCCUUUAUCAAAACUUUCCUUCCGUUUGUUCCAUGAUUUAUAUAUACAAUUUACAUCACAUAUAUUAAAAAUAAUAUCCUUGUAGAAGUUAUAAGCUAAUUUAGUUGAAAAUUUCGAUAUUUAUGCAGAGUAAUAAGGUGGGGUAGAAAGGACAUCUCAUUUUGAUGACCUUGUGUAAUUAUCGAUAUAAUUUUAAUAAUUAUUAUAUAAGUCGGUUGUAUUACUGUUUAGAACCUGUCCAAAUUUAUAUACAUUUAAUGCUUAGAAAAAAAAAGAAAGAUAAAAAGAAAGAGUGUGCGCGCGCACGAAAGAGAGAGAGAGAGAGAAAGCAAGAGAUAAGUUAAUUAAGUUGAACUUUUGUGCCAAGACGAAGAAGAGUAAACAUUUUAUAAAAAUAAUAACGCCGGCAAGUUGUUUCCCGAUUCGUCGUAAUAAUAAUAAUAAUAAUAAUAAUACUAAUAAUAAUAAUAAUAAUAAUAAUAAUAGUAAUAGAGUAAUAUAAUAAAUAAGGUCACAACUUGAAAUGACGAAAAAAAAGAGAAACAAAAAUCUGAAUAUCUUUCAUCUCGAGAGAACCACGUGUUACAUUCCUAUUUUGUACGCGUUUUUCUAGCUAACUGAUCGGCUCCGAGCGUGUGCCGUAUCGUGGCAGUAUUAUAGGGAAAAAAAUAAAAUAAAAUAUAAAUAUAUAAGAGAGAGAGAGAGAGAGAAAUAGAGAUAGAAAGAAAGAAAAAAAAACGGUUAAAGAAACGUCGAAGGUAAAGUCUUGUCACAUUUCAAUAAUUUAUAAGUAUCAUAAAUGCAUCACAAAUACACACAUGACACAUAGAGAGAGAAAGAGAGCGUUAGAGCAGAAAUAUGACGUUUAUUAAAAUCACGUUUAGAUCAUUUCGAUGUUAGUCGACAAUUUUUUUUUUCCUUUUUUUUCCUUUUUUUUUCUUUAUUUUUUUAAAUAAUUACUCUCAUGUAGUAAUUCACCUAUUAAUUAUAAUGCGACGAUGAUAAUGAUUAUUAUUAUUAUUAUUAUUUUUUCUUUUCUUUAUUUAUAGAAUUUCAAGAGUAUUAGACAAAGGAAUAUUAUAUAGUAAUUAAGUAUGUAUAAUGUAUAUGUAUGUAUGUAUGUAUGUAUGUAUGUAUGUGUUUUGGAGUCGUGAUAUAAACAGAUUUGAGAAUAUAUUAUGUCGUAUAAAUAUGCGUAUAGAGCACCAUUGAUCGUCACGGGUGUUGCAAUUUGAAACGAGUUCGUUUCUUUCUCUUAUAUAUAUUUUUUUCGAAAUAAUUAAUUCUUUUUCCUCUCUCUUUUUUUUUUUUUAUCUAUUCUCUACUUUUAGUCGUUAACAACUUUGACAUAAAUUUCCUUUCUAUCCAUCUUUUUUUUUUCAAAUUUUUGGUUUCUUUUAUUUUGGAUAUAUAUUACCAACGUUUCAAUUAUGAUAAUGAUGAUGAUGAUGAUGAUGAUGAUGAUGAUGAUGAUGAUGAUGAUGAUGAUGAUGAUGAUGAUGAUGAUGAUGAUGAUGAUGAUUAUGAUGAUUAUGAUUAUGAUGAUGAUGAUAAUGAUGAUUAUGAUGAUGAUGAUGAUUAUGAUGAUGAUGAUGAUGAUGAUGAUGACGAUGAUGACGAUUGUGCAGUAAGAUUUGUUCUCUUUAUAUUUCAUUUCUCAUAAAUCGUACUUAAACGAGUAUUCAAUGUCGAUGUGUGAGUAAAUAAAUAAAUAAAUAAAUAAAUAAAAUAAAUAGACGAGAUUAAUGAUUUUGAUAUAUUUCGAUGAUAUAAAUCUCGUAAUGAUUGUUAGAUCAUUGAAAGUGAAUAGAGUGGAAGAGGAAGAAGAAGUAUGUAUAUCGAUUACUGUGUGCAUUUUUAUUGCGAAUAUGCUUAUAAUGUUAAUCGAUUAUUCAUAGAAUUGUAUGGUUAAACGAAUGGAUCACUGUAUGGUAAUAAAUGCGAUUAAAAUUUCUUCGAAGAAUAUCGAAUGAAAUAAUCGCUUAAGUUUA